AUGAAGAUAAAAGAAGCUAAUGACUUCCAGAGCAAGCUUCGGAGAAUGGAAUAUGAUAGAGAAAGCACAGAGCUUAGGUAGGUGGUUAUUGGUCUAGUAUCAACAUAUAGACUGAAUUAGUCUCAAUUUCUAAAAGGGUGAUUGCAGGGUUUCAGUGUUUGUGUGGAUCAAGUUUGUAUGAGCCUUAAAUUGCUGCAAUUUAAUGGCCAAUCUCAUGGGUGUAAUUAGGAACUGCUGGACCCCGGUGCAAGAUUCAGAGAAGGGCCCUGUCGUUACCCCUCCUCACUCCUCCCUAAGCAAAAGACAUGAGUGGGAAGUAUGUGAUUGUGCAGGGGUUGGCUAAGUAUAGUUGUGUUUGGGAGUUGGCCAAGUGUGAUUGUGGUAGUUGGCUGAGUGUAAUAUUUAUGUAUGGAGUUGUCUGAAUGGAACGUGAUUUUAUGUGUGGAAUUGGCUGUAUGUGAUUGUGUGUGGGUUAAUAACAUGAAUAUCGAACAAUAACUACAAAACAGACACAGGUGCAAACAGUAGAAGAAUAGAGGGCCUCCAAUACUUGAGCACUGGCACUUUUUAUGGCAGAUCCGGUUCUGAGUAGAGAUGUCUUAGAACACCCAGGUUCCAGGAACAGCCCCUUGCUAAAUAAAAUCACUUUGAGUUUGAUUUCACAAGCUUUAUUUUACAUUUUCCAGACUUACUAGGGAGCUAAGAGAUAAAGAGGAUUCUCUUGCACUUGUUCAACAAAAGACCAAAGCAUUGCAAGAAGAAAUCGCUGAAAGAGAGAGAAAUGAUGAACAAAACAAAAAGAGAAGUCAGCGUUUGGAGACUGAGUUGGAAACAAUGAAAAAAAUGUUAAAACAAAAUCAACAAGAAGUCAUUACUUUACAAAAUGAUAGGUUUGUAUAGAUCUCAAGUGUAUUUUGAUUAACGUUGGAUUAAAACUGCGUCCUCACAGGUAGAACUAUUUGCAGUUGUGUUCCAUGUUUAAUAUAAUUUUUUUUUCUCUCUUAAAAAGUUUCUCUAACCCUUUAUAACACACAUUUUAUUUUAGUUUGAAAUGCACUAUUGGGCAUUAGUAAAUAACCCCUUCCCCUCCUUAAUGCCUGUAAUCCAGAGCCAGGUGCUGCUCUCCAAUGUUACUGUGCAGUCCAGUCCAAUGCUUCUUAUAGAGAAGCAUUUGAUUGACCAUUUCAUCGGCUCAGAGCAAAUGCUCUGAGCUGGUGUGGAAAGGGAGGGAGGAAGUGGAGAGCAAGACUUUGUUAUUUUUGCACAGAAUUGAUAUUAAGCAGCUAAUAAUAGGGUUCACGUAUGCGGGAGUGCAGCUGGCCCCCAAGACAAAGUGAUCAUAUCUCUGGUUUCUACCACCAUCACCAUUUCAAAUCACUAAAGUGGUCAUGGUGGUUGGAGUAACCCUUUAAUGUAGGAUUUAGCUAAAGUAGACUGACACAUAUUCAUAUUAUGCAGAUGUUUGUCUACUAUUUUCCAAUGGUACUCAGCCAGUCCAUGUCAUGUGAAAUAUAGUUCACAAACAAUUAGUGUCAUGGUCAUCCAUCACCUCAGUAGGGUGUUUUCAAUGUACAGAUAACACACAGUACAUUUGAGUAGAGACAGAACAUUGCAGUGUAUUUGUGUGCAUAUCAGUGAUAUACUUUAUCUUCCGGUUUCAUAUUACUGCUCGGCUGGAAAACUUAUGGUUCAUGUAAGGUUUCAGCUAUCCAGAGUGUGUAAAUAUAGUAACCAUUCAUUACUACCUCUAAACCAGCGCUUCCUGCUAGCCAUCAUUCUUAUUUAUUCUAUUUUUAUAAAAUGGAAUGCUUGUGAUUGUGUCCUAUACAUGCCAGGGAUCAGAACUAGAAGGAAAUGUCGACAGUUUAUAGUUUGCAAACUAAUGUCAAUUAAUCCACACUUUGCUCAAAACCCAGCAUGCACCCACUCCUCAUUCUUAUUGUUUUCCCUUUUAAUAAGUCCAUCAUCGGAACAAGUGAGCUGACUUUAAUAUUUUUAAAACUACUCCUGGGCCAAAUGUAUAUCUCCGACACACUGAAACUGGAAUGCUACAAAAGCCAUAAAAUAUUUAAUAGAAAUGCUUUGUACAUAAAUCAUAGUUUGGAAAUAAGUGAGCAAUGCACAGGAUAAGCAGAAUGAUGCACAAGAAGGUGGAGUUUUUUCAGAAAAGGCAGAUCCUUGAAACUGAUUGAAGCUACUAAUAAGCCACAUACCCCUCGUCUCCUAUGAUGCAGCGCACACAGACUGUCUUAUGGGAAAUGUGUCUGCACUUAUUUGUACUGUUAUUAUGAUUACCUCGUGGUAUAGCUGUCCAAGAAGCUGAAUUUAAAGUGACAGUAACCAUUAAUCUUCACUUGAACGUGUAACUGAUCUUUGAUCGUCUCUGCUUUCAUGGUUGAACAGUUAAAAAGUUAUUACCUUGUUUAACUGCUGUAUUUGGACAUAGGUGUGGUGGUGCUUUUUGCCAUUAUAUUUACUUUCUUUUAAAUAAAGUAAAUUUUGUUUCAGGGAGCUAAAGAUUGCUUCAUAUCAGAAUACAAUUGAGCAGCUGCAGGAAAGCAUCAGACAGAAAAUGCUGAUUGAUGAUAACUGGCAGGCCAAGGUAACAAUGUAAAACUUUCUUUACAUCCAUGGAAUCUACAAUGUAGCAUAUAGACUAUAUACAAACACACCUUCCCAGGACACGUCGAGUUCUAGCUUGCAGAACUCAACUGCAGACUAUAUUCUGUACAAAACCAAAUACCACAAUGAAGUCACUAAAAUCCCAUCCCUUGGAGGUAAAUACUGCAGUUUAAGAGGGUGCAAAUACAUCUCUGUCAUUGGUCUUCAGAAUAAAAUAAAAAAGCAGGGGAGCUUGCAUAUUUACUCUAGUCUGAUACUUUUACAGAGUUGUCUGUACUGUUCUAAAUGGGGUUUAAAUUAGAAUAAAUGUUUUGGUUGUAUAUAGUUAUACUGUUGCAUUGUGAAUAAGGUUCAUUGUUUCACAACUGUAUAAAUAAUGUUAUAAGUGUAACGGAGCUUCCUGUACCCCUGGCUGGGUUCCUCCGCCAAGGACCGCUUCCUAGCUGGAACACUGGACAAACCGCAGCACUUCUGAUUGGGGCCCUGGAACUGCUCCUUCCUGAAGCCGAAUGGGGAAUUAUCUCUAGUCCUUACAAGGACUUUCCCCGUAAAAUCCCCUGCAAGCUGGAACAGCAGACACAGGAGUAA